CGCGCAGCUCACGCGGACCGAUGCAUGGUUGCUGGAAGGGAAGCGCCCUUCGGCGGAUUCAGUCGGCUGGAGCGCUUGAAGAGACGGAGGGGUCUUCUCUCGAGGUAUAACUUGAGACAUCCUCUUCUCUGAUCAAGGUUUUUCUUGAGCCAACUCUUCCAGUUGCUGCUUCUUGAGCAGCCGCCGCCGAAGUCCCGUUUUCCUCGUGAUUCCCUCCGUUUUCCUCCAAGAGGCACCCAUGCCCCAAAACCAACAAUGAGCACCAGCUGUGGACCUGGACAGAACCCUUUUGAGGGUGGAGGGGCAAGUGGAGGCAGCGGUUCAGGAGCCCCCAGGAGAGCCAGAGCCCAGCGAGGGGGUGAAGUGCAAGGCCAAGCCAGUGAUGACAUGGAUGUCAACAGCAACGGCUCCAGUGGCAACGAGUCGCACGGCGACUCCCACAGCAGCUGUCACAGCAGUGGCAAUGGCAAAGACUCUGCCCUUUUGGAAACCACCGAAAGCAACAAGAGCUCCAACUCCCAGAGCCCUUCUCCCCCCAGCAGUUCUGUCGCCUACAGUCUCCUCAGUGCAAGCUCGGAGCAAGACAACCCAUCGACCAGUGGCUGCAGCAGCGAACAGUCUGCACGAGUGAAGACCCAGAAGGAGCUGAUGAAGGCCCUGAAGGAGAUGAAGAUCCGGCUGCCCUCUGAGAAGCAGAGCAAGGGCAAGUCGGGGACUCUGGCCACCCUUCAGUACGCCCUGUCCUGUGUGAAGCAGGUCCAAGCAAGCCAGGAUUACUAUCAGCAAUGGACCAUUGAGGACAACUAUCCCUGCCAUCUAGACAUGUCUUCUUACACCAUUGAGGAGCUGGAAAACAUCACCUCCGAGUAUACCCUCAAAAACCCUGAUACAUUUUCGGUGGCUGUCUCUUACAUCACGGGGAAAAUUGUCUACAUCUCGGACCAAGCUGCCUUCAUCCUACGCUGUAAGAAGGAUGUCUUCAAGGGGGCCAAGUUUGCAGAGUUCCUGGCGCCACAAGAUGUCAGCAUCUUCUACGGGUCCACAGCCCCAUAUCACCUUCCUUCCUGGAGCACCUGCACAUCUGCCACUGCCGCUGCCAUGGAUUACACCCAAGAGAAAUCCGUCUUCUGUCGUAUCAGCGGAGGCCACGAGAGCGGGCGUGAGCUGCGCUACUACCCCUUCCGGCUCACCCCAUACCUGACCAAAGUCCGUGAUUCAGACAGCACUGAGGGACGGCCCUGCUGCCUGAUCAUUGCUGAGCGUAUCCACUCGGGCUAUGAAGCUCCCAGAAUCCCUCCUGAUAAGAGAAUCUUCACCACGAGACACACCCCUAGCUGCUUGUUUCAGGAUGUGGAUGAGCGAGCUGCUCCUCUGCUAGGUUACCUUCCCCAGGACCUGGUUGGCACGCCCGUCCUUUUGUACUUGCACCCGGAGGACCGGCCUCUGAUGCUGGCCAUUCACAAGAAGAUUUUGCAGUAUGGCGGCCAGCCUUUCGACCAUUCCCCCAUCCGCUUCUGCACUCGCAACGGUGAAUACGUCACCAUCGACACCAGCUGGUCCAGCUUCAUUAACCCAUGGAGCCGCAAAGUCUCGUUCAUAAUGGGAAGGCACAAAGUGCGGACGGGCCCCCUGAAUGAGGAUGUCUUCACAGCCCCCAAAAUACAAAAGAUGAAGCCCAUGGAACUGGACAUCCAAGAAUUGUCGGAACAGAUUCACCGGCUGUUGUUACAGCCUGUGCACAGCAAUGGGUCCACGGGCCUCUGCAGCUUGGGCAGCAACGCCUCCCAUGAGCAGCUUCUCAGCAUUGCUUCGUCCAGCGACAGCAACGGUGCCCCCAACGAGGAGGCGCAAGCCAUCCGGCCGAUGACUUUCCAGGAGAUUUGCAAGGACGUGCACAUGGUGAAGAACCAGGGCCAGCAGGUCUUCAUUGAGUCCCGAGUCAAGCCGCAACAUCCCAAGCAUUCCCGGUCAGGUGAGAGCAUUACUAGGUUUCCAUUCCAGCCUGUGGAGGCCCAAAAGGACCUGGAGAGGCAGCCGGGAAAGGCAGCUGCUUCUGAGGAGUCCGUGAUGAAUGAACCCUCCAACUAUUCCUACCAGCAGAUCAACUGCCUGGAUGGCAUCAUCAGAUAUCUGGAGAACUGCAAUAUCCCGAGCCGUGUGAAGCGAAAAUGUGGCUCCUCGUCGUAUACAACGUCGUCAAAUUCCGAUGACGACAAGCAGAAAGUUGGUGAAGAGGCUACCUGUUCUGGCAAAGAUGCACCGGAGGAAGUCCUGCCAAACCUGGAGAGCCAGCCAAAGAGGGAAGAGCCUGGGACGGCAGCCGCUGCCGUGGUGGGAGGCCCGCUGACCCCCCUGGCAUUGCCUAGCAAAGCCGAAAGCGUAGUCUCUGUGACCAGUCAGUGUAGCUUCAGCAGUACCAUCGUCCACGUGGGAGACAAGAAGCCCCCCGAGUCGGAUAUUGUCAUGAUGGAGGAGGUAGCCCCCAGUGCCACACCUCCAGGUCCUCCCCCGAGCGUGACACCAGACCGGCAGCAGCAGUACCGCAAAGUGGGAUUGACCAAGGAGAUCCUCUCUAUCCACACCCAAAAGGAAGAACAGGCAUUCCUCACCCGCUUCAAGGACCUCAGCCAGCUGCAUGUCUUCAACUCACUCUCAGGGAUGAGCUGGCAGGAUACCCACCGUGCCGGGCCGCAGGCCGAGCGAGGGCACAGAGGGCCACCACGCCAAGGUGCCCGAGGUCCAGGAUGUCACGGGCGCAGCAGGAAGUCCAAGGCCAAACGGAUCAAGCAGAACAAGUCUUCAGAGAGCACCAGCUCCCCUCAGAACUCGACCGCUCCCCCGCCGCUUCCUUGUGCCCCGGGCUCCUCUUCCUGGCCUCCCUCGGGCACCUCCCAAGCUAGCCUCCCCACCAUGCCUUACCCGGCCGUUAUGCCCACCUACCCCAUUCCAGUCUUCCCCCCUCGGCCUGCUGCCCCUCCAGUGACGGAGCCCUCCCAGAACACCCUGCCUGCCCCACAGUUCCCUUCUCCUCUGGUCACCCCCAUGGUGGCCCUCGUCCUGCCCAACUACGUUUUCCCGCAGAUGAACGCUCCUCUCCCUCAGCCCUACUUCCCCAGCGGGCCUGUCUUCCCUUUCACCCCCCAGCCAGGCGGCGUGGCACCGACGCCCGGGCCGGAAGCGGGCACCCAGGUGCCAUCGCGCUCCUCCACCCCUCACUCUGCGAGUCAGCCUGAGCGGGCGGAGUCUCCGCUCUUUGAGUCGCGCUGUAGCUCCCCGUUGCAGCUCAAUCUGCUGCAAAUGGAAGAGAUGCCCAAGUCCUCGGACCGCCCAGAAGCAGCUGUGGGCAGCCAGACUGGACCCGUGGGACCCCCUGCAGAGUGGACCGCUGUGAAUGGCGCGCAAGGUCUGGCGAGUGAACUCGGCGCUCAGAAAGAAACAUGCAUGGUGGAAGCCCACGACUCUUCCAACAACGAUGCCCUGUCCAGCUCUAGUGACCUCCUCGAUUUGCUCCUGCAGGAGGACUCCCGUUCUGGCACGGGAUCGGCCGCCUCGGGCAGCGGCUCGGCCGCCUCGGGCUCCAUGGGCUCCGGUUCCAACGGAGGCAGCACUUCUGCCAGCGGCACCACAAGCAGCAAGAGCAGCAACACCAGCAAGUACUUUGGCAGCAUCGACUCCUCCGAGAACGACCUGCGAGGCAAGAAGUGCUCCGAGGUGGAAGAUAACGAGCACUUCAUCAAGUACGUCCUGCAGGAUCCCAUUUGGCUGCUCAUGGCUAACACCGACGACACGGUUAUGAUGACCUACCAGCUCCCUUUAAGGGACAUGGAGAGGGUGCUGCAGGAAGAUCGGGAGAAGCUGAAGCAUAUGCAGAAGCGACAACCCCGGUUUACCGAGGAACAGAAAAAGGAGCUGGCAGAAGUGCACCCCUGGGUCCACAAGGGAAUCCUGCCCAAAGCAAUCAACAUCACGGCCUGCGUGGAUUGCGGCAGCAACCCUGCCUCCAAAGUCGCCCCUCUCUAUGACAUCGAGGUCCAGGACAUGGACCUGAACGGCAUGCUGGAGCCCAUGGAGGAAAGCAGCGGGGGGCAGGUCUGCCUGCCGGCCUUGCCCCUAGAAAUGGACGUGGAGGAGGAAGCGCAGGUUGGACUGGAAACCUCGGUGGUGGUGCAGCCACCCCAGACGCAGCCGCCGGUGGAGGACUCUGGCUAAACGCUCAGGCGUGGACCUCUGAAUACGGUUCUGGAGGCUGGACUUGCUUCCAUUAGCCCUGAGCCGGGACGCUGCUGGGCAGCGGGGCUCAGAGGCAGACACCCGCUGUGGCUCCAUGUCCGUGCAGGGAAUGCCGGCUUGACUUGUGGGUUGGGGGCCUGCCUUGGCCACUUUGGUCCACAGAAAGAAGACAUGGUGGAAGUGAAAGAGCCACGGGCCAUGGGGCCGCCUGCUUCGUCCCACCUUGGAACUCUGGCCCUGACUGGGUUGGGCCUGUCUCCUGGGAAUACCGAACGUCCUUUCCUGCCUGCCCACGGUCCGCUCCAAACUGGAAGAGCUGCCCCAGUCUUUACUGCCUUAUUGAGAACCCAUGGACCCUGAUGACCCAUGACAUUGGGUUGGAGGACCUGAGUUUUUAUGUAUUUAUUUUUGCAGAACGGUCAUUUGAUGGUGUUACCAUUAUUAUUAUUUUUUACUGAUCUGCAACUGUGCUCUUGAAGAGAGGGCUGUUUGCAGCACUGAUGAUGAUGAUGAUGAUGAUAAUAAAACAAACCUACAAAAGGAGACACUU